AUGCCUCGACGAGCAGCCGGUGGCAUCUGGGUUGCUGUACAAACGAAGAGGCACGGGGAUUACACAGACCCUAAUAUCACCGACUACGUCUUUCCCCCCUCAUACUUGUGGCUCAUAUCCUCAGCCGCGGCAGAUAGUCUCAUCGCUGUUUCAUUGGCUUGGAGUUUGUACAGAAGGAAGACUGGAUUCAGGGCCACUGACGCCGUAAUUACACGAAUUAUUUUAUUCUCCGUGCAGACGGGAAUUGUCACUUCCGUUGCUGCCCUCGUUAGCAUGAUCACAUUCGUUGCUUUACCACUCACCAAUACCACAACAUUCGUUUUCAACGUGCUUCUGAUGAAGCUGUAUGGUAACUUCAUCCUCGCCACCCUCAACAACCGCGGGGUUUGGCAAGCAAGCUUGCAUCCACCCGAGAUAAGCAUACUGUUCCCUGAGCCACCCAAAAGAAUCAACAUUGAUCCGUCAGACUCUGGGGUUCGUGCCCGCAGGGCAACUGCUUCCGGGUCGCCGGAAAGCAAGGACGCCAUUGCUCUGGGCCCAAUGAAGGGACUGCCUGUGUGA